UGAGUUGCCGGUUUAUUGUCGACAUUUCGAGUUACUCUUUCAUCCUCAAUUCCAAAUAAAUAUAAUAUAUUAACAUGUUUAUUUUCUCAAUUUAAUUCAUAUUAGAAAAUGAUUUGAACCUACAAACAUCAACAACAAUUAACAAAUCGUUCAAUGAAACUUUAAAUCACAAUCAAUUUCUAACGUUAAGUGUCAUUUGGGUUCCAAUCAUCAUCCUUAUUAUAUAAUUUGUAUUUCCAUCAUCAAAGAUUAUUUUAUUUUCAAUCAUCAUCAAAAUUUAAAUUGUUCAAAAAUGUUGUUUACAUUAACAUUAACUGUUUUAUUAACAAUCUCAGGUUUUUCUUGUCAACGUCAAGGGCCACAAUUUAACUUCCCUGGUGGACCUGGUGGAUCACAGGGAGGUGGUGGUGGUGUCGAUAGACCACAAGGUAAUUCGGGUAAUUUUCAAUCAUUCCAACCUGCAGUAGCCCCACAAUCUGCACCUCGAGAGUCCAACUCAGCACCAGCCAAUGUGCCAGCACCACCUCGGCCAAUUCUAGCGGCAAACUUUGCCUGCCCCGAGAAGACGGGUUUCUUUGCCCACUCCAAGAGCUGUGAUAAAUACUAUGCCUGUGAAAACGGGACCGCGACCCUCAAGACCUGCGGUAACGGACUAGUCUUUGACGACGCCGAUUACAUGAGGGAAAACUGUGCCUACCCCUUCUCAGUGGACUGUGGUCAUCGUACCGAUAUGGAACCUCCGAUAAGUACACCUAAUUGUCCACGAUUGUACGGAAUUUUCCCUCAUUCGACCAACUGUAAAGUAUUUUAUUCGUGCUGGAACGGUGAGGCCAAUAGGUACGACUGUCCACCCGGAUUGGCCUACGAUGAUGAACAACGGGUUUGUGUUUGGGCUGAUUUAGUUUCUCGAUGUGACAAAGCAACUUUAUCUGAUGGUUUCGUUUGCCCCGAAGGCGGAGAAAGUGACCAACCUGGACAUUACACUCGUCAUCCUCAUCCAACCGAUUGUCGUAAAUUUUAUGUCUGUAUCGAUGCCGUAGCUCGUGCUUAUGGCUGCUCUUUUGGUACCGUUUUCAACACCGAUACACUUCAAUGUGACGAACCUGAAAAUGUUCAAGGAUGUGAAAAAUACUACGGUGAUGUUGACCCAAAGACCGCAAAGAAAUUGAAAGGACAAAAUUAGAUGAAUCAAUCAUCUUCUAAUUUCUUAAUUACCAAAAAAAGACAAUCUAACCAUCGUUAAUUAACUUUCUAUCUCUCUCUCUCUAUCUCAAGCCAUCAUCUCUCAUUUAAUCUUUUUUUGUCUUCUCAACAUCUUCUUCUCAUCAUAUUCAUAACGCUUUUCAAUACUUAAUCAAUUUCCAGUUAACUCCAUCCAGUUUUGAUAACUCAUCAUUUCCGUUUCCUUCAUCUUUUUUUAUAUAUCAAGAGAAAUGUUUGUCUACAUAAAUUUACUUCCGCAAGGUUAAUCAAAAGGGAGGAAAAUGAUUAACACAAUUUAAUUUGUUCAAAUGGAUAACAACAAAUACUCAUUGAAAAUUUGAACUUCUAUUUACUUAAUUACCAAUCUUAUACCAAAUGAUUUAAUUUGAUUAAUUAACAAACUUAUCGAUUGAAAUUAAGAUCAACAAUCAACAUUUCCAAAAACAAUCAAUAUUGAACUCGAUAUUAUCAUCAAUGGUUUAAUUAUCAUUGUCGAGAUGUUAACGAGACGAAAACAAAAUCACAAUUAAAAUUAUUAUUUCCUAAUAAUAAUUAAAUUACCAUAAAAAUAAUAAAAACAAACAUUUAACAAUUAA